GCUUCUCCGCGUAGGCUCCGGCCUCUGCCAGCCCGAGUUGCAGGAUGUCGAUAACAGACUUGCUCAGCGCGGAGGACAUCAAGAAGGCAAUAGGAGCCUUUACUGCUGCCGAGUCCUUCGACCACAAAAAGUUCUUCCAGAUGAUCGGCCUGAAGAAAAAGAGCCCAGAUGAUGUGAAGAAGGUCUUCCAUAUCCUGGACAAGGACAAAAGUGGCUUCAUCGAGGAGGAUGAGCUAGGGUUCAUCCUAAAGGGCUUUGCCCCAGAUGCCAGAGAUCUGUCUGUUAAAGAAACCAAGACGCUGUUGGCUGCUGGAGACAAGGAUGGGGAUGGCAAGAUUGGGGUUGAAGAGUUCUCCACUCUGGUGGCUGAGAGCUAAGAGGCGCUGACUGCCCUGGAUCUCCCACCUCUCCACCCUCAACACCCCGGUCUCAGCCCCUCUUGCAGCCCUCCUGAGUUUCUGUUCAGUUUGUUUAUGUUAUUUUUUACUCCCCACGUCCCUUGCGGCCCUCAAAUGACACCAUUCUUCUGGAAAAUGCUGGAGAAACAAUAAAAGGCUGUACCAAUCGGA